CACCUUCCUUCCACCAAAAUGUCUACAGAGCAGAUUAUCAGCUCCCUUCCAUUGGUUGGAGGUAAGAAGACUACCCCUCAGCAUCCACUCGGCCCUUUGACUGCCGGUGAGAUUACCGAAUCUGCAAACAUCAUCAAAUCGAUAUGGCCAGCAAAUACCAAUAUCCAGUUCAAGAGUAUCACGUUGCAAGAACCAAACAAGGCAGACUUGGUUCCGUUCCUUGCUGCCGAGCAUGCUGGACAAUCUACCCCCACUAUUGAGAGAAGGAGUUUCAUUGUGUACUACCUUCGCAACACGAAUAAACUCCACGAGGCAGUUGUUAGCUUGAGCCAAGGCAAGGUUGAAAGUAAUGUUCGUCUUGGACCUAAUGUCCACAGUAAUGCUGAUGGAGAUGAAAUUAUCCGUGUCGAGCAAAUUGCUUUGGAAGACGAGCAAGUCAAGGCAGAGAUUGCCAAGUUGAAGCUUCCAGAGGGCACAGUUGUUAUUAGCGACCCAUGGAUCUAUGGAUCGGAUGGCAUCAAUGAUGGCCUAUUCUCUGACGACGAGAGAAUGUUCCAAUGCUUCUUGUAUGUACGAGAUCCGAAAAACGCCUCGGAACUCGACAGCAACCACUACGCUAUGCCCCUCAAUAUCUCUCCAGUCAUUAGUGCGGAGACUAUGAAGGUCACCAGAAUCGAUUUCCUUCCAACUGGCGCGGAUGCAACAGUCAAGGAGCCCGGCCCUUACAAAGUUCAACCGCCAAAUGAGUACAUCCCAGAAGCACAAGAGUUGCGUACAGACAUCAAGCCAUUGAACGUUGUCCAACCAGAAGGAACUUCGUUUGAGGUUACCAAGUUCAGUGAGCAAGGUCACUCAGUUGCUUGGCAGAAGUGGGAUUUCAAGGUUGGCUUCAAUCAGCGUGAGGGUAUGGUUCUGUACGAUGUUCAUUACGAUGGGCGCCCUCUAUUUUACAGACUUUCACUGUCUGAUAUGAACAUUCCUUACGCUGAUCCUCGCCAUCCAUACCACAAGAAGGCUGCGUUCGAUCUUGGAGAUGCUGGCGCGGGAAUCAUGGCCAACAACUUGCAGUUAGGAUGCGAUUGCCUCGGAUCCAUCUACUACCUUUCUGCUGUGCUGAGUGAUGACAAAGGAGCGCCGCUAGAGAUGCCAAACUGCGUUUGUAUCCAUGAGCAGGAUGCUGGAAUCGGAUGGAAGCACACCAAUUACAGGACUGGACGUGCGGCGGUGGUUCGAAAUCGUGAGCUGGUUCUGCAGUCUAUCAUCACCGUUUCCAAUUACGAAUAUAUCCUGGCCUUUCAAUUUAACCAAGCAGGAGAGUUUAUGUACGAGGUCAGAGCCACGGGAAUCUUGUCUACACAGCCGAUUGACGAAGGAAUUUCGGUCCCGUGGGGAACUGUAGUCCACCCUGGAGUUUUGGCUUCUCAUCAUCAGCAUAUCUUUUCUCUUCGUGUGGAUCCUAUGAUCGAUGGUCCUCUCAACCGAGUUGUCUUUGAUGAAGCGCAUCCCAUGCCACGCUCAGACUUCAACCCACACGGUGUUGGGUACACUGUUUCGGAGACUCCUAUUACAACAUCUGGUGGCUACGAUUUGGAUUGGGAUGUCAAUCGGAUCUUCAAGAUCCAGAAUGCAGCUGUCAAGAAUCCCGUCAAUGGGAAGUCCGUUGCGUACAAGAUCAUGGCUCCCCCGUUCCAGAAGAUGUUGGCAGAUAAGGAGAGUUUCCACUACAAGCGUGCGGAGUUUGCAGAUCACAAUAUCUAUGUGACUUCGUACAGGGAUGGAGAGCUGUACGCAGGUGGGAAAUAUACGAACCAAUCUCGAGGUGGAACCGGUGUGCGCAGUUUCGCUGAUCGGAAGGAUAAUGUCUUGGAUGAUGAUAUCGUUGUUUGGGUACAGUUUGGUAUCAAUCAUGUUCCUCGCAUUGAAGAUUUUCCGGUUAUGCCAUGUGAGGUGUUGAAGGUGGCGUUCAAGCCGGUAAACUUCUUUGAUAAGAAUCCGGCUUUGGAUGUGCCGCAGAGUGUGCAGAGCUUCAACCGGAGUACAUUGAUGGGGGUGGAGCAUAAGCAGGAGGUUGGGACGGCGGUGGUAAAGGAUAGGGAGUUGUGCUGUAAUAAGGAGAGUAAGCUUUAGGCGAAUUACGAGUUCGAAGUUUAGGGAUAGCUUCCCAGAUCUGGCUGCUUGUGAGUACUGCGAGGAUAGCGGUAUAAAUGUAACAUAUGAAAUACGUUGAAUUUGAGUCUCAAUGGUUGAUCAUAUAUGCGGAGGUCUGGGCUAAAUGGCAGAAUCUCCUCUCCAAAUUGCU